UUAGCCUAACCAUAAAAUGCAUCAAAACCAUAACAAUAACAAAUCACAAGUACGCAAUAAACAUAUUUUACUUUUAUUUAAUUGUAACCGAUUGAUUUAAAACUGAGUGUAUUAAAAUCAAAUAAUGAGUAAGAACAUGAUGUGGAUAGAUGGAAACUGCUUUAAGAUACCUGAUGAAACAGCAUUUACUGACAAUGAAUAUGAACAUUUAUAUAAUAUUGUUAACAGUCCUCUAGAUGAUUGGACACAGAAAUCAAAAUUUAAAUUACCACACUAUUACAGUAAAAAGCUGAAACUCAAAUACCUGAAAGAUAAAGUAGAAGAAGAAAAGCAGAUCUUGCUGAAUGAUUUGGAAACAGAAAAUAGUGUAAUGAUAGAAGUUCAUGGAAAUUCAAUACAAACUGUAGGUUGUGCAAUGAAAGAACUGCAUACAGUAAUUGCUGAAAUAAGAUCUCAAUCAAAGCCAUUGCAAUUCAUAUCAAUUCCUACAAUAAGUGAUGAAAUAAAAACAAACUUUUUGGAAUUCAAGGACAAAGUAGUACAAAAACAGUACAAAGGAGUUGAGGAAAGUAUAUUUCAGAAGGCUGAAAAAUUACAUUUAACAAUCACUGUCUUAUCUUUAUUUAACUCAUCUGAAAUAGAAGAAGUUACACAAUGUUUACAAAAGUAUAAGAAAGAUGUUUUUGAUAAUAUGUUGAAUGGAAGAAAUCAUCUUAGUAUUAUACUUGAAGGAUUAGAUAGCAUGCAGACAGAUUUAAAAAAAUGUCAUGUGUUAUAUGCCAAAGCGAAAUUUACUGAUGAAGAUGAGAAUUGUGAUUUGCAAGCUAUUGUUAAUUCAAUAAAUAAUUUCUUUUACAUCAAAGGUUUCUGCAAGGAGCAGAAAGUUGAUGUUAAAUUGCAUGCAACUUUGAUGAACACAAAAUAUAGGAAAGUUGAAGGCAGGAAGAAGUUCUACCAGAAAAGGUUACCAUUUAAUGCUGUUGACAUUAUGAAAGAUUACAAAGAUCAUUACUUUGGUAAAUGUAACUUUAAUGCCAUAGAUUUAUCUUUAAUGAGCAGCGUAGACGACAAUGGUUACUAUAAAUCAUUAGCAACAGUACAAAUUUUAAAUUCAGAAUGUAAUAAUUAAACUGUUAGUACAAGUACAAACAAAUCAUAUCAACAAAAACUAUUUGCCAUUAGUCGAAUGUGUUAAUUAUAAUUAAAAAUU